CUCACUGUGUGUGAGUGUGUUGAGGAGGGUGUUGUGCAGAAGAGGAGUGUGUGUGUGUGUGUGUCAGCGCUGGCUGCUGGUGCUGAUGCUGUACAGACACUGAUGCUCUUGGAGACUCUUCAGCACCUGGACAGAUCCGCGACUCCGUUUAAACACUCGGCUUUUGGGCAAAAAGUGCCAUUAAGACAACAUGUAGCUUCUUAAAAAGUGCCCUACUAUCCUAAAGCGUCAAGCAACCAAACUUUUGCAGCGGGAGAUCAUCGUUAUCACCCUGAUGAGUGAAUUACCGUUGACUGCGGCAAACUGUUCCCUACAGGAGUCCAUGGUGCCGUCAAGCUCACGCGGGGGUCGGAGGACAUUUACCCGCGUAUCAACACGACAUGUUAACGGACGGCUGAAUGAAAUGCACUUAUUUCCUCUACAGCAGCAUAGGUUUAAUAUAUGAACAACUGAGGGAAAUAUUCAAGGAUUCAUCUACAAAUCACACAUUGCAGCAAACAGGAUGUCAGUAAACGUGUCUCUCCUGUCGGCGAGUCCGAAGGGCAUUUGGGAAAACUCCUCUCUGCCGAAUGCCUCCCUUCCUCGCUUUUUCUCUGACUGGGAAACCCCCACAUUCACAGUGGCCGCUCGCUUCCGUGUGGCGGCCACCCUGGUGCUCUUCGUCUUCGCGGCGAUCAGUAACCUCUCAGUGCUGAUCAGCGUGACCCGGGGUCGAGGACGGCGUCUGGCCUCACACCUGAGACCUCUCAUCGGCAGCCUGGCCUCCGCUGACCUGGUCAUGACUUUUGUGGUGAUGCCACUCGACGCCAUAUGGAAUAUCACAGUGCAGUGGUAUGCCGGCGACGCCAUGUGCAAGCUCCUCUGCUUCCUCAAGCUCUUCGCCAUGCACUCGUCAGCAUUCAUCCUGGUGGUGGUGAGUCUGGACAGGCAUCAUGCAAUCCUCCACCCACUAGAAGCUCUGGAUGCGGGUCGCAGGAACAAGAAGAUGCUGCUGGCUGCCUGGAUCCUCAGCCUCCUGCUCGCCUCGCCACAGUUAUUUAUUUUCAGGGCAAUUAAGGCUGAAGAAGUUGACUUUGUGCAGUGUGUAACACAUGGAAGCUUCCAGCACCGCUGGCAGGAAACAGCCUACAACAUGUUCCACUUUAUCACCCUGUAUGUGUUCCCUCUGCUGGUAAUGAGCUUCUGCUAUACUCGAAUCCUUGUGGAAAUCAACCGGCAGAUGCCUCGUGGUAAAGGUGGAGAACCUUGUCUGAGACGCAGUGGAACCGACAUAAUCCCGAAGGCACGGAUGAAGACCCUGAAGAUGACCAUCAUCAUUGUGGCAUCAUUUGUGGUGUGCUGGACGCCGUACUACCUGCUCGGCAUCUGGUACUGGUUCCAGCCUCGAAUGCUGCAGUUGAUGCCGGAAUACGUCCAUCACGCCCUCUUCGUCUUCGGGAACCUCAACACGUGCUGCGAUCCGGUCAUCUACGGUUUCUUCACACCCUCGUUCCGAGCGGACAUAGCCAGCUGCUUCUGCAGAAGGAAUCACAACUCUUCUCCUAAAUCAUUGGACCGACUCUCCGCAAGGAGAGGGGGCGCAAGCGGAGAAGCCGAGUCGGACCUGGGAAGCGGUGACCAGCCCAGCGGACAACAAGCAUAGAGGGUCAAAACA